UGGGGAACGUGGUUUAUGCCGGGAACAUGCGCGGCAUUUCACUAGAUUCUGCACAAUCUGCAGAAUUGCAAACAGUAAUGUCAGCUCUCCCAACAUUCCCUGACGAUAGAAUCAGGAAUGUGGUCAGCGAGAUCAAGGCACUGCUUUGAUUAACUGGCUUUUCUUGGGCGUGCUUGACGGAUACGUUAUACAAAUACACCUCCUCGCGUGACUUAGGGGUCUAGACAUCGCGGCAUGGAAUGGAUAACUGAUCUUUGGGGCGGAUUGUGGUGGUUCAUGGACUGAUUAAAUGAUGUCCAGUCCACUGUUACCUUCAUUGUACAAAGGUAGUCAACUAACCAGCACUUUUAAAGUGAUCAGACCAAACCUAAUAAUAGAUCUAAGUCCUCAGUCAGUUCUUCGUUAGCUCCAUGACUAUCCUUGCUCGGGUGUUUGUUGUGAGACACGGAGAGACGGACUCAAAUUGCAACAGAAUCGCACAGGGUCAGCUAGAUACACAGCUCAAUGCCACUGGUCUUGCACAAGCUGCGAUGACUGCGGAGGCGCUCAAAUCUGUCUCCUUCGACAAAGCUUUUACGAGUGAUCUCCAGCGAGCUUCCAAGACUGCCGAGAGGAUUCUCCAUGGUCACACUGGCAUCGAGCUGGUCCAAGACAGCGCGUUACGAGAAAGGUUUAUGGGCGAGAUGCAAGGCAAGAAGGGGCCAGUCGACAUGAAAGGAUUGAAUGGCUUGUCCUCGAUAGAGACAGACGACGCUUUUGUUCAACGUUGUAUCACUUGGUAUAAUCGGGUGAUAGUACUGACCGUCUCCGUCACCAAACCUGAUGUCCCAGAGGGCCAAUGUCAGAAUAUACUCGUAUUAUCGCACGGGGCGUUUAUAACUACGCUCUUUCGUAUCAUGAUCUCUACCAACUAUGUUACGUGUCCUGCAGAGAUGAAGCUUAGAGGCCUUCCUACAUUAGGCAAUGCCAGUAUAUCCAUAGUAGAAUACAGGACAAUUCCAAGAGGGAAGCAUAGAGAGGUGGAAGGUGACAUAUUGAAGUACGGGGAUAUUUCCCACUUGUGUGGACUGCGUGUCAUGGAAGAAAAUGCAGAUGUAGAAGCCUAGUUAACGCCUUUGCCAAUUGAACACUCAUCUUGUUACCAUCGCACACAUUAUCAGGGACAAUAACAUUAAGAGAAAAAGGAAGAUCCCGCUAUGAAGACAGUCGCAAGAUCAACGGU